AACAACAUCAACACUACUGCAGCAGUAAAAAAAAAAAAAAUGGCUUUCUUCCUUCUCUCUCUCUCUCUCUCUCUCUCUCUCUCUCGUCUUCUUUUCUCAUUCAUAAGCUUUGCUUUACAUUUCCAUCAUCCAGAGUAACCUGUGUGCUGAUCACAUAAGCCAUGGUGAAAGAUAAAAAAGCGAUAAAGCGUUCCUUCCAAACUGUCAGGAAAAGGCGACGAACCCGACCAGCCAGCAACGGGCAAACCAAAAUGCACGAUGCAUUCCAAGUCACUACUGUUGUUGACAAGGUCAACCGAAUAGAGUCCAUCUUUGCUCAUGGUGAUCGAUUGCUGAUUGGCACGGGCGUCGGACAGCUGCUUGUAUAUGAUAUCAAAGAGCCUUUAGUGGCGGACGAUAACGAGAUACCCGAAGUGACACUAGCCAAUACCAUCAAACAGUUUUCCAAACGACCUAUCGAGCAACUGGAUAUAAUUAAAGAAAUCGACGUGCUUGUCUCACUUUCCGGUACAUACUUGACUUUAUCUCUUACGACAACAACAUGAUAUUAGAAGAAAAGAACAGAGUUUCUAAACCAAUCAAUCGGGAAAACAACACUAGAUGGCCUUGU